UCCGCGACUCUGUUUUGCGGUUAGAUUGUUAAAUAGAUUGAGUUAGAUUGAAAACUCAAUAAAUGCAAGCAUUUAGUUUGUUUUUUCCUGUUUUAUCGAAGGUGCUGAGAUGCUGCCAGCAAUGUUUGAGCGAGUGGCUCUCCCUCCCUCUUUGCCCACCGACAGCAUCACCACAUCCAGGCAGGGAGAAAUAGAGAGGGAGGGAGAAGAGCGGUAGCUAAGAAAAAAAAAAAAGAGACAACCUUGUAGGAGAGAUACAGCAAUCAGACCUGCAAGGGAAACAUGGACGCGGUCGGAAAUCUUUGCUUCAUGCAUGUAUCAGAGAAGACGCGGUGUUUACCCCGCACCGUCGGAGUUAUGCGCGGAUCCUGUUUUUGAUGAAGCGGGUGGGGACCCGCAGCAACCUGAAAAGGCAGAAAGAUUUUUCCCAACCGUCUGCAUAUUCUGCCCGCCUGCGAUGGCCGGCUUGGUACGAUGCUGUUCCAGAGUAAUGGACAAUAUAUUUGGUUAUUUUUGUGUGUUGAUGUUCGUCUUCAGUGGCCUUAUAAAUGCACAAUUUCAUUACUCCAUUCCGGAGGAGCUGGAGAACGGGGCACCGGUUGGUGACAUUGUCCAUGAUUUGGGUCUAGAUCUGAAAAAACUUUCCACUCGACGCAUCAAAAUCACAUCGGACAGUGGAAGGAGAUAUUUUACAAUUAACCACAAAACCGGAAAGCUGGUGGUGAGUGACCGCAUUGACCGGGAAACAGUUUGUGAGUUCCGUGGAACCUGUUCACGUAACCUGGAGGUGGUACUGGAGAAUCCACCGGAAGUGCACAACGUAGAGGUGGAGAUUUUGGACGUGAAUGAUAAUGAACCACAGUUCCCCAGAGAUGAGUACCAGCUUGAAGUAUCAGAAGUUGCUCUCACCGGGACAAGGUUUAAAAUCGAAGGAGCUCAGGAUGCAGAUGAGGGGUCCAACUCUGUAAAACAGUACAGACUCGUUCCAAACGACCACCUCACUUUGGACUCCAUUAAACCCUCCUCCAAUAACAAGCAAAUUGAGCUAAUUCUCAAAAAGCCCUUUGACCGGGAGCAGAUGCCCUCUCAUCAGCUUAUUCUGACGGCAAUAGAUGGAGGCACCCCACCUCGGACUGGUACAGCCAAAAUCAAUGUCCGUAUUCUUGAUGCCAAUGACAAUAUGCCUAAGUUUAACAAUUCGACGUAUAAAGUUAAAGUGCCUGAAAACUCUCCACAUGGGGCACUUGUGAUUAGGUUGAAUGCAACAGACCCAGAUGAGGGCUCAAAUGGAGAAGUUUUCUACUCUUUUAGUAGUUACACACCUGAAAGAGUUAGACAGGUGUUUUCUAUGGACACAAACACUGGGGAGAUUAGAGUGAAAAAUAAUUUAGACUACGAAGAAACUAACUCCUAUGAAAUGUACAUACAAGCAAUGGACAAAGGCCCAGCCCCGGUGGCAGCACACUGUAAAGUAGUUGUUGAAGUAUUGGAUAUCAACGACAACAUUCCAGAGAUUGUAUUGUCUUCCCUUUCUAGUCCUGUGCGUGAGGAUGCACGAGCAGACACGGUGGUGGCAUUGAUUAGUGUGAAUGAUCGAGAUUCUGGACAAAACAAACAGGUGUCGCUAGAAAUCAUGCCCCACUUACCUUUUAAGAUUAAGUCUUUUAGAAACCACUAUACCAUAGUUACAUCUGCUUUCCUAGACCGGGAAACCAUCUCAUCAUACAAUGUUACAGUCAGUGCUGUGGAUGAAGGCACACCACCCUUAUCAUCUCAAAUGAGCUUCAGGGUAGAUGUUGCAGAUGUUAAUGAUAACCCACCUCGUUUUGAGCAGGCUUCAUAUACUGUCUAUAUUACAGAGAACAAUGCUCCUGGUGCAUCACUUUGCGUUGUUAAGGCCACGGAUGCAGAUGAUGCAGAAAAUGCCCGUAUAACUUAUACUGUCCUCAAUGAUAACAACCAUGGGAUACCUGUAGCCAGCUAUGUCAGCAUCAAACCAAACACAGGUGAGGCCUAUGCCCUGCGUUCAUUUGACUUUGAAAAGCUUCGAGAGUUUCAUUUUCAGAUUAAAGCCCAGGACAAUGGUGUUCCACCCCUCAGCCGUGUGGUCACAGUGUAUGUUUACAUUAUGGAUCAGAACGAUCACGUUCCCAGGAUUGUCUAUCCACCUACCAAUGAGACACUAAUGAAAAAUGCUGAAGCUGGCCAUUUGGUUAGCAAGGUGACGGCAUGGGAUGGUGAUGCAGGACAGAAUGCUUGGCUGUUUUAUGCCCUGGAACAGACCAACAAAGACCUUGACCUAUUCAAGGUGCAUGAGUACACUGGUGAAAUCCGCACCACCAGGCGUGUCAUUGAAGACAACUCUACUACCUUUGUUCUAACUAUCCUGGUUCGUGAUCAUGGCACACCACCACUCUCUUCAACCAUUACUAUCCACGUGCAAGUGAUGGACCUUCCUUCAAAGUUUACCCCUGACCCAAAGCAGAUUGUCAGGCCUGACAGCCCACUAAUGUUUUCCCCCGUCACUCUCUACCUCAUCAUAGCCCUGUGUGCCACAACGUUUGUAUUCCUGGUCACUGUCUUUGUUCUUGCAAUUGUUCGAUGUCAUGCCUACUGUAGCCAGAGCGGUUCCUGUUCCCCAUGUUGUGUUUCCCAGAAGAACGUACCAGAGGGUGGAACUUCAGCAGGUGGUGGUGGUGGAGCAAGGGCUUCAGGUGGAGGUGGUGGAAGUGGAGGGGUUGGAGGAGGGCAGCAAAAUAUCAACGUGGCCCUGCGCCGUGACCUCAAAGUGGAGCCUCAUUAUAUUGAAGUGAGAGGAAAUGGGUCUUUGACCAAAACAUACUGUUAUAAGACAUGCUUGACUGCUACAUCAGGGAGUGACACUUUCAUGUUCUACAACACGGGAAGGCCUCACAGUGGCACCUGGGGCUCAGGCUAUGUCACCAGCCACAGCGGGCAGAGCCAGAUAUUUGUGCGGCGACUCAGUAUGCCAGAUGCAACUGCUAUCCAGCCAAAGGCACCUAAUUCGGAUUGGAGAUACUCGGCCUCACUGAGAGCAGGCGGUGUAAUGCAGAGUUCUGUGCACAUGGAAGAGUCUUCAGUCAUGCAGGGAGCCCAAGGAGUGCUGGUUCAGAACUGGCCCACUGCGUCGAGUGCUGCUGAUGGUGAAGGGGGAGAGGUUUCCCCACCUAUGGGUGCAGGCGUGGACAGCAACAGCUGGCACUUUCGGUACGGCCCGGGUGGCCCCGGAGCUCCUCCCCAGCACCUGAAGCCUGGUGAAGUUCCUCCAGAAGCAUUCAUCAUUCCUGGCUCCCCAGCCAUAAUAUCUAUCAGACAGAACCAGGGAGGAGAGGACGACAAGAGUGACUUCAUCACCUUUGGAAAGAAAGAGGAGGCCAAGAAGAAGAAGAAGAAGAAGAAGGAAAAGGAAAAAAAAGACAAGAAGGAUAAAGGGAAGGAUGAUGGUGAUGAGUAAAGCUGAGCAGAAACACAUAAAUGGCGAAGAAGAAAAGGGUGUUGUUAAAACAGAGGUACCAACCAAAGUUCACUGGGUAAAACGAGAAUAUAUUGUUCUAUUAUCCAUUACUGCUGGUAAAGUUUCAAAGCUUUUUCUCUUAUGGUUCUGGCCUUACCAAGAUGUAGUUUACCUCCAGUUACAUGCUUAUGUAAACUAUCUAUCUUGCCUUUAUACAUUAAUGAUAUAACAAAAGAAACCGAUUGUUUUUUUUGUUUUUUUGUUUUUUUUCUCCAUGCCCCAAUGUGCCUAUGCACCCUGAGUCUGUUUAAUUAUCCUUUUGGGAAAAGAAAGUACUACUCUUUUCCUUGUGUUCUUUUGUUUUACUAUUCUCCUUUAACCCACUGGGCAUGUUGGCACCUCUGUCUUAUCCGCUCCCAAACACCAAUGUGUAAAGAAUUCUCUGAUCGAAGAGACCCGUACAUUGAACAAGAACAACAUGAAGCUGUGCCAGCCAAGGAAAAAAAAAAAGAGGAAAUGUGAACAACAUUGACACAGAUGCAUGCAGUCUGGAGCUGGACACACUCUACCUGUAAAUAGCACAAACAAGAGUCACUGAAACUAAAGGCUAAACUGACACUGCUGCAAAUUCACUGGUAAUUACCAACAGUGUUCCCUGAAAUCGCAAUGAAACCACAUGCACACACACUAACGCAUUCAAACAUGCUAACCGCAAGUUAUUACCCAUGAGACAAUGGACACAGGAAACACCUGAGGCCUAGGAAGAGAGAGAGGGGGGAAAUUGUGAGAGAAUAGACUGGCUUAAAACUGGACACUGCAAGUUCUUUGCCCUGCGCUGUAACUUCUUGGAGUUCAGAUGUACAUCAACUCUCUCAGGAUGGAAGCAGAACCAUUUGCAAUUGCUCUAUAAAAUUGCUUCACAAAGACACAAAGAGCUUUAUUUUCUGCAAGAACUCCAACUGAGGAAUCCGAGAACACAGGAAGAAAGAAAACUGGGAGAUGCUUCAUAAUCUCCUGAGCAUCACAGAGGGUUGAGUGCAGCUGAGGUGGCUUUAUAUAAGGGACUGGAGAUCCCUUACAGGAGAAGCUUUGAUAUCACCUUUUCUUCUCCUCCUUUUUGCAGCAACAGCUGAAUGCUUUCUGCUUUGAAUGUUUGGUAGCAACCAAUCCUUACCUUACACCUUGAGUUUACAGAUGAUCACCUGCUUGUGUCUGUUCCAAGCUGCCACAAAACCAAAUUUUACUGAAAUCACUCCUUUUUUUUUUUUUUGGUUGUUACCCAUCCUGCUACUCAUGUAAAAUGUGUGAAAUGUCUUUUUUUUUUUGAAGAGAUUCAAUAAUUCCUGUUAUAUUUGUUCAUAGCUUUAACUGCUUCAUGCUUUACAUGCCCACCUCACGUUUAUCCUCAGACGCCCGCUCGACCCCCUUCUCUGAUGGCCUGCUCUGAACAUUGUGGUGUGCUGAGGACAGCAUGGAGUAAUGUGGACGAGGCCCAAGGAGAAACAAACAGGGCUCUGUACCCUGAACCUUUGUCAGAUGCUUCUCAAGUGCAAAAUGGUUCAGUGCUUUUAACUUGUGUAUAUUACAGUAUGUGGUUCAUUUCCUGUUUGUAGAUAAUCAAGAAAGGAGGCAUGGUGGGAUAGGGCUGAUUACAGGGACUGUAGAAUAUGGGAUACAGAAAAAAGGUUCACCAACUUGAUUGUUUAGGAACAUUAAGUCACAUACUAGCUUCUAUGUACGCUUUAAAUGUAGCGUAGACUUUUCAUAGAUUGUCUGAACAGUAGUUGCUAAAACUUGAGAAAUAAACGGUGCAUGGGGAUGUAUUCCCUGAGCUUUAUCCCACCAACCUUCCUGCAGAUGGUUUCUAAAAAAGGGGCACACAUGUGCCUCACAACCUGCUUCAGUUGGUUAGCCUCCCGUUGCCUGUAACUUGUUGCCACGUCCCAAAAGGUUUGCGGCUCAGUAUGACGUCACUCCAUUAAGUGGCUGCUGCAUGUACUGCUCUAAGGAAACAAACACUAUAUAGAGAAAUAUAUAUAUAUAGAUAGAUUGCUCUGAUUUUAUUCUUUUGUAUUAUUAUAAUUUUCCCUCAUUAUUCACACAGGAAAUAUCUGUAUGUACUGCUGUCGCUGCCAAGCAUCUAUGUACCACAAUGUUCACUCUCCACAGAUGUUAAAAGGCAUCCACUAACCCUCUUUAGGUAUUUGUAAAUUAUAUAGUGUGAUACCUUUCAAUUGCAAGUUUAUUUUCUCUCUUUUUCCAGCAGUUGUUUUGCAUUUAAAGACAGGUAAAGCAGGAAAAAAAA